AUGGUCGGCACUGAUAUCGGGAUUUUAGUCAUGAGAGACAGCUCUUUACAGGAAAUAAAAUUGCCGUCGCGACAAGUUUCGGAGCCCGAAUUAUACCGACCGACGCAUGGUGAUUCAAUGGUGAACUACGAGCAUCAUGGUGAACCAUAUGUAGCUGAAGAAAUUAUGAAUGAAGCCAAUGACACAGAAGUUGAAACUGUGAGUGGUGGUGCAACAUUUGAACUUAAUAAUGACGAAAGUGGAGAUGAGUCGGAUAGUGAUUAUUCAGAUAAUGAUGAGGAACAACAGGCUUACGAUAAACUCAAAAGCAGAACUUGCCCCCAAGUGUUGGUUAGUUCCUGCAAGAAAAUGAAUGCCGCACAGAAAAGAGCAAUUAAUGAGAUUGGCUUUGGAAGUAUAUUCCAUCUAAGUGUGUACAAAUUACCAAGGAAAUUGGGAUAUUGGUUGCUAGACAAUUUUCAACCCAAGACAUGUGAGAUAAAGCUACAAAAUGGACAUAGUGUGCAUAUUGAAUCUAAAGAUGUAGCAUUGGUCUUAGGGUUUCCAAAUGGUGAGCGUGCUAUACAAAAGAAAAGGAAACACGAACAAUGCUCAUUACUUGAAGAGUGGGGUGGGAAAUUUGUAAAAGACAAGAAGAAAAUUCUUCCCACUGAUGUUUCAGCUCAAAUGUUGUCCAAUCAGGAUGGGGGCUUAUGGUUCAUUCGACAUUUUCUAAUUCUUCUCACCUCAUGUUUGAUAGAGACAUCAGGAACUGGAUAUAUUUUACCUCAAAUCAUGUCCCACUUCAGCAAUACAAGUGCAGCCCGACAUCUCAAUUGGUGUGACUAUGUGUUGGAGUGCUUGGUUAACCAUCACUUAACUUGGGCAAAAAACAAGAAAAAAAGUUUCAACGGGCCGAUUUUUUUUCUGAUGAUGUUCUAUGUUGAUCGGGUUGUCAUUUACAAAAGAAUUGUACCUAGAGGUUUGCCAUUGGUAAGAGGGUGGACAAACAAAUUACUACGAGACAGGCAAAAGACAGAAAUUAGAUCUGGCGGAUUCGGGGGUGGGUACCCAAGCGGUCAACACAAAUCAAAUGAAGGCUCGGUCUAUGAAAAUGUUGAGUUUGCUCAAAAUUCAUCAUUUGCAAUGGUGGAAGAAGCUCCAAAUACCCAGCUUGAUGGCAAUGCCAAUUCAUAUGCAGCUGAAACAUUUAUGUCAGAAUUUUUAAGAAAAAGCAAGAUGGUUGCCGUCGCAAUAGUUGACAUGUUGAGGUUGGUCGAGCAGGCACCUCAUAAACUGAGCGAACACUCUGAUUAUAAGAGGGUGGUUGACACAACAGAAUCAUUGUUGGUGAUCUCAACGAGUAUGCAAUCCACAGAGAAAAAAACACCAAAAGGCACGAUUGCAGAUCAGAAAAACAUGGAAACUGAUAAGAGUGAUAGCCCUAUAGUUGUGUUUUCAGAAGAAGUAUUCCUACCAAAUGGUCAGUCCCUAAAUCAAAGAAAUAAGAGAAAGAAGGAACAGCUUGAACACGAGAAAUGGAAAUUGAUAUGCAGUCCACCUUUUGGUACUAGUGAGCCUGCGACCGGUAGUGGCAAACAAAAGAAGAAAGUAACAUUUCUUAAAGAGUCUUACCAACAAACCUCCAAAGGAAAUGAACAACAAGAUGUGCGGGAAAAUGAUAAUAGUGAUAGCAGUCCACCUUUUGGUACUAGUGAGCAUGCGAAAGAUAAUGGCAAGCAAAAAAAGAAAGUAACAUUUCUUGGAACGCCUAGCCAACAAACAUCCAAAGGAAAGGAACAACAGAUUUCUAUGAUUGUGCAUCCUGAACACGAGAAUCAUUCACUUAUGCGGGGUUGUCACAAUAGCAAAGGGGAAUGGAAAUUGAUAUGCAGUCCACCUACUAGUACUAGUGAGCCAGAUAAUGUCAAAGAAAUGAAGGGAUUAACUUUUCAUGAUACGGCUGAGCAACAAAAACUCAAAGGAAAGGAAACACAGGAAAUGUUACCCCCAACCAGCCACUGUAUGGAGCGCCGAAAUAAAAAAGAUGUAAGAAAAAGCGAGAAGUUAUUAUCACCCUACCAUACCCGCGUGCUAGCAGCCACAUCUAAGUUCAACAAAAAAGAGAGAGAUUUAUGCUUCUGGAUUUUGGACGACGUGGAUAAAAUGGAUGAAGCAGUAUUCUCAAGUGGUCACGUUGAGUGUUUGAGACGAGAGUUAUUAUCAAUUAGACCAUCACUAUUUGUGAGCACUACUGUUGUAGAUGUCUGGGCAACUGUUUUGAAUAACCUGGAGUUGUUAAGGUCACAUGGCUCACCACUAAGAUUCUUUUUUACAGUCGAUACGUGUGCUUUCACUAUCGUGAACCCAGCAAAGGACUGGAGCAUCGGAGUGAGACGUAUCAUGUUUUAUGACAGUAUGACAGAACAACUACAAAGAGCAGACCAGCAACUUGAGAACAUUGACAUACUUUUUUUUCCGAUACACCAAGAAGAGCAUUGCUACAUUAUGUGUCUGAAUGUGAAGAAAUUGAACAUUGUGCUGAUUGACAACUCAACUUCUACAACGAAUGGUGCUAUUGAGGUCAAAUACUCUGAUAUACCAAGUACACUGGUUAUGAUGGUCUGUGAAUAUUUGGAUUUGAAGGGGCUAAUGAGCAAAUCUGUUGCCCUAAAAAAAGCAAAAAUUGAAAGAUUGCAACUCCCUUGGGCGUUAGAUAAUAAUGAAAUUGAUUGCGGAGUUUACGUCAUGCGCCACAUGGAGACCUACAUGGGAGAUAGCGUCAAGAACUGGAAAGUUGGGUUGAGAAAGAAUAGUGCAAACCAACUGAAGUACUUAAGAGCGAAGUACUGCGCUACGAUAUUGUCAGCUGAUAUCAACAUUCAUAAGGAGCAUAACUUGUAUGCGGCAGAUUUGCACUAUAGAAUCUCAAAAUCUAGGGGUUCAAUAAAUGUUGAGAAGUUGUGGAUCGGUCAGGCACAUAAUGAACAGUGACCUUAUUAGUCUUCUUAUGGUAUCUACUGCAAGUUGUUUUGAACAAUUGGUUUGUUUACACUAUUUUGCAUUGAGUACAUUAGUUGCAUAGAUUGAUG